AUGGAAUUGUUGGCGGCAUGGUUCAGGCUAAAAUAUCCGCACAUAGCACUUGGGGCAUUAGCAUCUUCAGCUCCUCUUCUAUACUUUGAAGAUACUCGUCCUAAAUUUGGUUACUAUUAUAUUGUAACCAAGGUUUUCAAGGGAGCGAGUGAGAGAUGCUAUAACACGAUCCGUAAAUCUUGGAAAGUGAUCGAUAUAGUUGCUACCAAACCCAAUGGUCUCUUAAACCUCAGCAAAAAAUUCAAAACUUGCGCACCACUAAACGGAAGCUACGAUAUCAAAGACUUCUUAAGUACAAUAUACGCCGAGGCUGUUCAAUACAAUCGAGGUCCGAGUUAUCCAGUGACCAACGUGUGCAAAGCAAUCGACGCCAACCCACCAAGCCGUAAAAGUGAUAUACUCGAUCAGAUUUUCGCAGGUGUUGUCGCUUUCAUAGGCAACCGAUCUUGCUAUGAUACCAAUAUCCCACAAACAGUAGCAUCGCAUGGAGAUGGCAGGCAUAGCUGCAGCGAGAUAGUCAUGCCGGUGGGAUAUGACAAACAAGACACGAUGUUCCAAACGGCACCGUUUAAUAUGACUAGUUUCAUUGAGGGCUGCGAAUCUUAUUAUGGUGUCCCUCCUCGGCCACACUGGAUCAUGACGUACUUUGGCAUUCAGGAUGUCAGGUUAAUUCUCAGAAGAUUUGGGAGCAAUAUCAUUUUCUCUAAUGGAUUGUCAGAUCCUUACAGCGUCGGCGGAGUUUUAGAGGAUAUUUCAGACAGUGUAGUCGCCAUCAAGACAAAUGGUUCACAUUGUCAAGAUAUUGCCAUGAAGAACAAAGGAGAUCCGGAGUGGCUGGUAAUGCAACGAGAGGAAGAAGUCAAAAUGAUAGAAUAUUGGAUUUCAACGUACCAAAAAGAUCUACGAGAUCUUAACAUAUCAAUCUAA